UACUGCAAAGAUUUUUUUAGUCAUGUAACAGUCAAAAUACAUGGAAUCCCAUUUCCACUUCUAUGGGGAAAAAAGAGAUAAUCUAAGUCAUAAUAACAAAACACAAUCCCAAAAAUUUGAAUUGGCAUACCAAUUUACAUUUUAUGCCUCRGCCCGGGAGGAGACAAACUGUUCUCUGGUUGUCUGUUUUUGCAUUACUGAAUGUUCGUCAAACAUUCUUAUGCACUGCAGCUCCUGAUUGGAGCUAUUGAUUGCAGUCAAAAUUCACAUAAUUGACUGUGACUAAACAGGGUGGUGCAGAAGGAGCAACAACUGAAUAUUUAAAGACAAAAAUAUACAAACAGACAUAUAUUAGAGAUUUUAAAAAAAGUAAAUAACUUCUAGCUAGUAUUUUGUUCUCGGUUCAGUACUUUGUGCUUCACAGCUGCUUACACAGAUGACUGAAUGAGCUUUGAGACUUGAUGAUGUGUCGCAGCAGGAAAUGGUGCCUCGGACGGGCACAGAGCUGGACUUUGCUUCUGUUUUAUGACCGAGCUGCUCACACGCCCAGUGAUCACAUUGUUUGCUCAGGUCUGCUUGCUCUUCCUCCUCUGGCACAAGCGAAGGGACAAAGGAUACAACAGAUUGAAAUAUUCGUGUUCUUUCCAACGAUGUCGAGGUACCACAAAGCAGCAGUUGACGGUAACUUGGACCUCUUGAAGGAGGCCACGAGGAAACACCUGAACACUGCGGAUGAUGACGGCAUGACUCCCACCCUGCUGGCUGCUUUUCAUGGACACAUCGAAGCUCUUCAGCUCAUUUGCAGCAGACAAGGAGAUCCCAACAAGAGUGACAUCUGGGGGAACACGCCCCUGCACCUCGCAGCGGAUAACGGCCACAUGCACAUCCUCAGCUUUCUGGUGAACUUUGGAGCAAACCUCUUCGCCCUGGACAAUGACUUCCACUCAGCUAUGGAUGUCGCCGCAUCUCGAGGCCACAUGGAAUGUGUGCGCUUUCUGGACAAUGCCGCCGCGCAGCAGACCAAUCAAAACCAAAGAAAGGUCGCCACCCUGAAGAAGGAGGCUCAGAAGGAGGCAGAACGGCGAGUGAAACUCUGCGAAAAGGUAAAGAAGAGACACCAGAGCAAGAUGGACAAAAUCAAGCCUGGGUCCAUGUCGGAGGCCACCAUGGGAUCGGCGUCCCAGGACGAAGAAACUAUGAGUGGUGUCAACGAGCAGUUCUCCAAGCUCACUGCUGUGGAUCAAGUUGGCUCUAUUAAGGGUACCCUUCUGAAGAGGCUAGCAAAGAAGGACAAAGGAACACUGCAGCAUGCAGGAGCAGAUAAAAAUGUUGUCUUUCGCAAACAGGAUAGCGUGGUGUCUGAUAAACCAGAGUUUUUAGACGUCUUUAAUGAAGAGGACGAGGGUGAGUUGGAUGAAGGAGGAAUGGCAAAUGACGAUGAGGAUAACGAUGAUGGCAUCAACAAACCAGGUCAGGUCAAGCAAUCCAUCUUCAAUCGGCCAGGCUUCGGAGGUCUGAUUUUCAUGAACAAAAUGAACACAGAGAUAGAGGACGCACCCCGUGACAACAACGAAAGCCUUAGUUUUCUUGUUCAGAAGCCCCUUGAGGCUGAGGAGGACGGAGCUGGCUUUGACGAUUUUGAUGAUGCCGACCUCCCCUGGGAUCAGGAAGACCUGGGACUGGAUGACGAUGAAGCUGAGGAAAGCUCGCCUUUAGAAGUGUUCCUGUCUGCCAUCUCCUUGCCAGAGUUUGCCCCCGCCUUCAGCAGAGAGCACUUGGACCUGGAGGCGCUCAUGCUUUGCUCUGAUGACGACCUGAAGGGCAUUCGCAUACAGUUAGGACCCAGGAAGAAAAUCUUGGAAGCUGCUGUUCGCAGAACAAAGGCCCUGGAGAGCCCUGGUAUCAUGAAGGACAGCUCCCUGUGAUCCAUCAAAAACAGCACAGAUACAAGCAAACAUUUGAAAUGAUGUCACUUCUUGAUUUGAUCUGCUUGAUUUCUUGUAAACAAAUUCUGCAAACCUUUUCACAUUGUAAAGAAAUAAAAUAAAAGUUGCAUGGUGUUUUGUUUUGAACGACAUCUGUUCAAAAAUCUGCUUAGGGGGUUAAAAAACGAUGGAUACUUGGUGUUCAAGCUCAGUAGAUUAGUGUAGAUACAAACAUGAUGAGAUUUUUGUUGUGAACUCUUGAUUAUUUAUUACUGUGAAAGACAAAACAAAAUCGGGCUGAAUAAGUUGAGCAUCAUGUUCUUGAUCUUGCUACUAUUCUGUCAAAUAAUUAAAACAUGAUCAAAACA